UCUCUCUUUUCUGUGUGUGAGUGUGUGUGUGAGUGUGUGUCUCUCUCUCUCUCUCUCUCUCUUCCCCCUCUUCCCCCUCCCUUCCCAAGCUCUCUAACAUUAAAGCGAAAAUGCUCCUUUCUGUGCCUCCUCGAGCAGGGAUCGCCACUUUUGGCUAUAGCAAGAGCAACAAGAAGCCUUAUGUCUCAGUGGCCCAGCAGAUGGCACCCCCAAGUCCCAGUGGCAGCAGCAACAACAACAGCAGCAGCAGCAGCAGCGGGCCAGGCGGCGGAGGCGGCGGAGGGGACCAGCUGAGCAAAACAAAUCUCUACAUCCGGGGCUUGCACCCGGGUACCACAGACCAGGACCUUGUCAAGCUGUGCCAACCAUAUGGCAAAAUUGUCUCCACCAAGGCCAUCCUGGACAAAACGACCAACAAAUGCAAAGGCUAUGGCUUUGUGGAUUUUGACAGCCCCACAGCGGCCCAGAAGGCAGUGACUGCACUCAAAGCCAGUGGGGUUCAGGCCCAGAUGGCCAAGCAACAGGAGCAGGAUCCCACCAACCUCUACCUGUCAAACCUGCCUCUGGGCAUGGACGAGGCUGAAUUGGAGUCGAUGCUGAAGCCCUUUGGACAAGUCAUCUCCACGCGCAUCCUUCGCGACGCCAGCGGUACCAGCCGAGGGGUCGGCUUUGCCAGGAUGGAGUCUACAGAAAAGUGUGAAGCUAUCAUCACGCACUUCAAUGGCAAAUAUAUCAAAACACCUCCAGGGGUCCCAGCACCUCCAGAUCCGUUGCUUUGCAAAUUUGCUGAUGGCGGCCAGAAGAAGCGCCAGAAUCAGGGCAAAUAUGUGCAGAACGGGCGAGCCUGGCCACGGGAGAAUGACACGGGUGGGAUGACCUUGACCUAUGACCCCACAACGGCGCUACAAAAUGGGUUCUACACCACACCCUACAGCCUGGCCCCCAACAGGAUGAUUGCCCAGACUGCGCUCUCUCCUUAUCUCCCGUCACCUGUUUCUUCCUACCAGGUUCACAGCCCGUCAUGGAUGCACCAUCAGUCAUACCUCAUGCCGCCCACGGGCACAGUGCUGACACCUACCAUGGACCAUGCGAUUUCCAUCCAGCCCACUUCCAUGAUGGGGCCCCUAACUCAGCAGCUGGGCCACCUGUCCCUCAGCAGUGCUGGCACGUACAUGCCAGCAGCAGCAGCUAUGCAAGGAGCCUACAUCCCCCAGUACACACCUGUGCCUUCCUCUAGUGUCGCAGUUGAGGAGAACAGUGGCCAGCAGAGCCAUGUGACAGUGGAGUCCCCAUCGGAUCAUGCUGCCUACUCGUACCAGUACAACAAGUAACAACAGCACCAUCGAGCAGCUCAGCUCUGAGCAAUCACUUCGAGGGAGACAACUUUUAUUUUUGUUUAAUUUGUGCUGCGUUUAGAAGAUGGAACCAUUUUUUUUUCCUGCAAAGAAAAAAGGUUGUUUUUGUUUUUGUUGUGUUUUUUUUUAAAAAAGGAAAUAACCGCAAUAGACUUUUGACACCGAGGAACCAAAGGAGGUUAGCGUGGGGGUGGAAAGGCUAUGGCCCCCCGACCCUUAGAUGUACAGAUGGACUAAGGACUAUUUUAAUACAAGGAAAACAUUUUUGUGUGUGCGUGUGCGUGUGUUUGCGCGUUAAUUUUCUUGUUAACAGCAAAGUCAAACGCUUUGGAUGCCACAAAAUUCCCCAGAGAAGAACAAUUGUUAUUGUUUAUUUUUUUUCCUCGCUCUCUUUUUUGGAAAGAUGGCUCUCCAACUCUGGGAGGAAUUUUUUUUGCUCCUUUUAAUUUGUUUUAUUUUCUUUGGUCAUUUAAAAGAUUUUUUAAAGGACAAAUAUGCAAAAGUGUUUGAAUAUUUUUUGUUGUUUUAUAAGAAAAAAAAAUGCUCUGAGAAAGCCCCACUUCGCAGCUGUUAGGGAAAAAAAAUCAAUGCAGACUUCUUCUUUUCUUCCUUGGGGUGGGAGUGGGGAGGGAGUGGGGAUUUUGCUUUGAAAGGAUUAUUUUAUUAUUUCAAGAGGGUAAUUUUUUUUUCUAAAAAAGACAAAUUUACAAAAAAACAAAAAAGGAAACCUACAAAAAAAAUCUACAAAAAAAUGAAAACUACAAAAAAAAAUAUGAACUUUUGACGGCAGCAAGAGGGGCUUGCGUAAAAACUUGUCAAGUUGGAGGGAGAUGAAGUGGCUGGUGGCUUUUGAUGAACGGACUAUUUUGUGGGGGGCAAAAGUUCUGCCCCAGCUGAGAAAGAGAGAGAGAGAGAAAAAGAAAGAAAGUUUGCUCCAGACCUCGAUUUCUGCCCUCUACCCUGUCCGAUGGGACCGGUUCUUGCUGGAUUGCUUUGGACUCUGUUUUGAGCUUCUGCGCAGACCCUUCUUUGCUUCCACACGGACUUCCCCCCUCGCCCGCCCUGCUCUGGAUCAGGGGAACAAUAAACUGAUUGAGGAACCUGCUGCCCCGUGAUGUGUCGUCGCUUCCGGACUCUUGGACACUGAAUGGACGCGUUGCCAGCAACAGUGCUUCGCCCUCCUGCCCUCUCCUGCCCCACCUCCCGACCCUCCCUUGGGACACACACACACAGUGCCUUCUGCUGCCUGCGGUCCGGACUGUGCUGCCGUAUGCCCCCCCUCCGACUCCUGCAUGCCUGUCAAACCCAGGUGCACACAGCCUCUCUCUUUUCUUGGCAAACCAGUUGGGGGCGCAGAGGUCGAUGCUUCCAGCUGGCAGGGGGGGAUUUGGGGUGGGGGGUGGGGGCAGGGAGGUCUGUUUCGGUUGCUUUAAAAAAAACCCACACACAAAACAGGGAGCAUCUUGCACCUUGCAGGGGAUGGCUGAGUUCCCCACCCCCACCUCGAAACGGAUAUCCUAGUUACUAUGCACGUUUCCCUUCCUCACCCCCCCAAAAACAAGCCCUUGGUUGCUGGCUCCCCAGAUUCGCAAUAGCAGGAGACUAUGUGCAAUAAUCCAGCCCUUCCUACAGCGCGUUUCCCUGGAGAGCCUUUCGAAGGUACCAAGUGCUUUAGACCACCUCUGCAUGUUUUCUCUCCGUUUUCUCCCCCCCCCCCAAAAAAAAACCCCCUGCUUUCUCCCAACCAGAUGGUGCUAAAAGACUUAUCCUCUCUUCCACUAUAAAAUCAGCCCAGCUGGCAUGAAGCUGACCCUUUCCACCUUGUUUUUAGAUGUUGCUUCCCGCUUCCCACCCCACCCUCCAGAUGUGAUCAUGAGAAACCUUUUCCCCCCCUCCUCCUCUCUUGACGCCCAACUCAUACCUUUGACGAAAUAGCUCUUAUGCAGCUGACAAUCAGGGAGGAUUAAUUGCAGAGGCCAUACGGGUGUCAUGUGAGCCAGGGAUUGAGAGCGUGGAAGUGCGUGUGUGUGUGUGUGUGUGUGUGUCUGUGUGUGUGUGUUUGUAUGUAUGUAGAAUGGCAUUGGGAGAAGGUAUCCCUGCAGAACUGGGCUUUUUCCCCUUUGUUUUUAAUUUUGCGUUUCUCAGGACAUUGGUAUUUUCUUUUCUUUUUAAAGGAUUUGUACUUUGUCCUGACUGUUAAGUGGGAUCAGGUUUUCCUCCCUAACCGGAGUGUUUGAGGUUUUUGGAAAGAUAAGGGUUCAGUACACCCACCCGCCUUGCAUAGCUCCUAAGUCAUACGCUUCUUUGUUGUCUGUCCUCCUCAGCCACCCCCCCCCCAAAUUUGCACCCUUAAUUGGUGGCAACGCAGGACUGAGGCACCCCCAUUUAAUACCUCAGAUAUCGGCAAGGGAGAGGUCUCGUUAUAAGCAAGCAGAAUCGCUGCUUGUAACAUCAGUCGAUUCCCAGAAUGCUGUUUUUGUGCCCCUUCCCCGGACUGGAGCUUAGACUGAAUCAAAUUAAGCUGAGAAUUUACCCCAAGGUGCUGAGCUAAACUGAAGUGCCUUCAUUUGGGCAGAGGGCCCCCGCACACCUUCAUCGCUGAAAGCUUUGCGGCAGGGGCUAAACUGACUUCUGCAAGGUGAGGCCUAACAGCUGGCUGAGUAGGGGAAGAGAUUUAGGCCAAAAUUAAUCAGCAAAAGGUGUCUUGUGUUUCUGUUGAACUUUGCCUGUCACAAUAUUCCACUCAAAUGGCCAAAAGCGCACCGCACCAUAGAGAUAUGGGUGCAGAACAACUCCCCCCCUACGCACAUCAUCAUCCUGUUACCCAAGUGGCAGUUUCCAGGAAAUGAGAGCUGGUUGUCUUAUUUUUUCGCAAGUCAGUCUUUACUUCAUUUGGGUGCCAGCAGACCACAGCAUUCAAAAACGUAGUUUCGGUGUAGCACAUGACACACCCAACUUGUGCCAGCCACAGCAGUUCCUUAGAUCAAGCUGUAAAAAGAUUCGGGCUCAAUUAAUUGGUUUUCUAGUGUGUUCCAAAUCUGGACAGCAACCCAAAUAAUACUUUUGGUCUGCACCAACAUUUCCAUUCUUGCACCAGAUUUCCUGAUAUCCCACCCCCACCGCCCAAAAUAAAAUACAUCGCACAGCAUCAGAAGCCACUUUCCAAGUUUUCGCCUGAGUCCUCUAUGCAAUCCCUCUGGAUCACACCGAUCCAUUAGGAAGUUUUGUUUGGAUUGACACGGCUAGAAGCUUCACAGGAGCACUUCUGCCACUGCCGUUAAUUUUAAUACAGCUUACACAGGAUAAUUUCCUUGCGGGUUCUGCUUGUCCAACAUGAUCAGAUGUGUUGGGAUUUCAGGCAAAUGGUAGUACGUAGCUGCUUAGCGAUUCCCAGGUUUUGAAAGAAGGAGCAUGGAGAUUUGUGAAAACAGUAUAUUGAGCCUUCCCUUAGAUUUACGUCUGAUUUAUUGCAUACGAAGAACCAAUUAAGUAUGUGAGCACGAAAUUAUGUUCCCCUCCUAUAUUGGUUAUUUUAAUCACCGUUUUAUAUAAGGCUUUUGAUAACAAAGUUUUAAUGGAUAAACUCGGAUAAAUUAGCAAAGCUUGAAAUUAGACUAGAUAUAGACAUUCGAUGCUGGUGGCCAAGGAUGUGAUUUAUUCAGCCCAUGUAGGUAAGAUGCACAUGGCCAUGUAAAAGUCUUGAUCAUCUUCCAAAGCAUGUCCUUAGAACUAAAUUCUAACAAUGGUUCAAUGCAAACAUAAUGUUUAAACAUGGUUCGCAUUAACCAUGGCUUGCUGCCACCUCUGAUUAGUAUUUCAGAAUAUACUGAAAACAUGGUUAGCUUCUGUUAACCUGCCCCUGGAGGGCAUGUAUAUAAUAAGACACCAGCAAGAUGGAGAAACUGUCUUAACCAUGGUUUGCUCAGUGCAGAAGGAACAUUUAACCAUGGUUUAGGAAGUCAGAUGUAAAGUAACACUUAAACCAUGGUUAAGGUAAACAAACCCCACUCAAAACAUGAUGUCUGUAUGGGACUCCCACUAUCCCUUUUUUCAGCUUAAUUCAGUUUCGAUUAUGACCCUGCUCUGGUUCCACCUCUGCAGUGCUAACAAAAUAUAAAACAAAGAAAUAAACUCAGUCCAGCAAAAGUUAGUUGUAGCCAAAGGUUCAAUCCUCUGGGUCCCAUGAAUUCAGUAAGUCAAGAUGCAUAAGAUUCUGUUUAGGGAAAUAAGGAAUACAGCAAAGUCUGACAGCUCCAUCAAGGGCGCUCCAUGCAUGGAAACAGCAUUGUGAAGUGCAUAGGGAUGCAGUUGCAGAUAUUAAUCUAGAUGUACAUCUGGAUGCAAUAUUUAUCUGGGUCUUACUGAACUGGCUGGAUGUGUUCAUUGUGCAUAGGAAUGCAUAUACACCCGAAACUGCCUAAUUGCCAUUUGUGACUAGUUAUCUAUAACAAGAGCUGGUUUGGAAGCAAGGAAUUCCUGGUAUCAUGGAUACAAAUACUUCAGUGCUGGUUUCAGAGUGACUGUGCAUCACCCUCCAUGAAAUAAUUUCUGCUUUCAAACCAGGGACUGCAGUCUUUAGCCUUCCUGGUGGGGUUGCUGUGCAUGCCACAGAUUUCGUGGAUUGCGAAUCUUUUCGGGAUUAAAUUCCAGUUCAGAAAGGAGUGCAUUUUGGAAUGUUGUGGGAAUGGUCUUUUCAAUGUGUGUGCCUGUGUUUCAUGGCUGGCAUGCAGCUAUAUUAUUAAAUAAGUUUCAUUUCCCAAAACAGGUUGACCUCCAUCUCAGCAGUAGCUAACGUUGCAAUGUUUUCCUAGGCUAGUUGCAUUUUACUUCUGCGUUCCUUCAUCUCUCUCACUGCCCUGAAAGACUUGGCUUUACUAUAGGAUCAGCAUUUCACAGGCCGUAUCCGUCUUUUGCUAGGGACUCCAAUCUAUUUGCAAAAAGUCUCUCUGCAUUUGUUCAAGAGGAGCUUAGGCAGCCAGCAGCACAAAACUAAACAGAUGCCAUACUGCAACACACCUGGCAACCCCUUACAAAUCUCUUCCAUCCAGGUUUGAGUGCGUACGAGCCAUCCUAUGCCGCUGCCCCAGUUUUCUGGAUCAGGGCAAAUUGCUUAGCUGUUGCCCAUGCUUCCUUCUCAUCCUCAGCCUGUUUAAAAAAUAGUUGUCCUGCAGACUUGUUUCAUCUGCUUUCUCCUCCGGUGUGUUUAAGAGCUCCCUCUAUUCUAGCCUCCCCCUGGUCAGUCGCUCUCUCAUUUGGACUAGGAGGCAGCUCUUGGUGGAAGUGGGGUGAGAGGAGGGAACACAAAGGAAGGGAAGAGUUUGAGUCCCAUUUUGCAUCAAGACAGCCUUUGGGACUGGAGACGUUAUUUGUGUUUGUCGAAACCCAGCAGAGGAGGACAGGAGCAGCUUCGACCUAAGCGUUCAUGCCGAUGUCCCUACCUCUUCUUUGCCACAUUUUUCUUUUGUUUGCCAAAGAUAUAAACAAGGUCUCCUAGGGCUAACCUGGUGCCACUCUGCAUUUUUUAAAAGAAAGAACAAAAACGGAGUUUCUACCUGAGCCGAGUCUUAAGCCAGAUGCAGCGGUCUGUUAAGGCCCGGUCCCAUGCAGAGAGGAAGCAAGGACUGGUUUAAGAACAGCAAGUAACACAAGACGUGAGAGGGAGGCCGAGGGUAGGGGUAGCGAAGGCAAGGGAGAGAUUGUGGCCAGGGCUGGGUGGGUAAGGAGAAAGGAUAGGGUGUAAAGGGAAGAAUUAGGGUAUGCGUAAGGCUGGAUGCUAAUGCAGUGUGAGAGGAAGUAAGAUUGUAGUGGGGAAAAGGUGGACGUGCACAGACAUGAGAGAUUGUGUGCUGCGGGCCCAGAUAGAGACCCUACAUUUCGCCACUGCAAAGCUUACCCAUGGUCUUAAGCCCUGUUCUCACUCCCCACACCUUCCCUAAAGCACUUCCUAGCUUUUCUUUUCCUGAGGGGGACACCUAUGACAGACAAACGAGUCAUGGCAUUUGGGGCCCUUUGACCCCAUCGUCCCAGGUCUGGAAGGAGGGUUAGCAGUUAGGAGAAGCAUCCGAGAAUAUCCUCCACGGGCUGCAGAGACCGGCCGUCGAAUGGCACCGCUCAUCCCCCCCCCCCGACCACGCCAGCUCCUAACUGCUAGGAAGGCUCCUGGCUGCUUUCGUGGAGCACCUUUGCUUUAUGCCCGAUCUGUGGCUUUCUCAUGAGCAAAGUCGCGGUCUGAGCUUUCCGCUCACAUCCUCAUGGCUCCUUCCUACACUCUGGGAAUCGACCGCUGCGCAAAAGCAUGAUUUGCAAGCGUGCAUGUGUAGCAUAGGGACCGAAGGCAAAAAAAAGCAAAAACCCUGGGCCCUAGGAGCAUGGACCUCUGAGCUGCUAGAUUUUUUUUUCUGUUAAUCUUGUGCCUUGAUUUCCCCUAUCCCAUUCUGCCAGUGGGGGGAACCAGUCCCUGCACUUUAAACUUCCCGUCUAGUAAAGGCCUCUCCCAACCUGCUCCUUCCCCACUUGGUGAAUGAAUGACCUUGCCGCCUUGUCCCACUCUAUGCCCAACAAGGCCCAGCUUCCCUCUGCACAAACCAGCCCACCCCCCUUCUUGUCAUCUCCUGCAUCACGCUUGCCCCACCCAGCCUUCCCACCAUGCUGGAAGAGGAAGAGGAAAGCAGCUGGCUGCCUCAAGAGACCUAGUAGAGUAGACUGUAGAUGAGCCUCAAAACCUUUGUCUCUCCUAAAUGCUGGCAUCUUUUUUUAUUAAAACAAAAACAAGCUCCACCAUCCAAAACUCUUUGCCUGCCGAUUCCAUGCUUGCAUCAAAACCCCGUCCUCCUUGGAAGUUGUUGGUGCUAUUUGGGGGAGGAAAAUAAAAUAAACCCGGUUCAGAACGUCCCUUCAUUUUUAUGCA